AUGGAAGGAAACAUCGAAGAUGACGAGAUGGCUAACAGCAAUAGCCCCGUUAGCCAUGAGGACGAGAACAGCGAUCCAGAGGAGGAUAAGUUGUCUCUUAUCUUGAGAGAAAUCCGAGAACUCCAGGAAGACAAUAAGGAGCAAUUGGGCGAAAUAAAAAGGGACAUCGGGAAGAUAAACUCGAGAGUGGAUGACACUGAAAGGAGACUUGUAACUGCUGAAGCCCGGGUACAAGGAGCCGAGGAUGUGCUGGCAGAAGUGGUAAAGCAGCAUGAGCAGCUAAAGCUAAAGGUGUGUGAUCUGGAGGGGCGCUCCCGUAGAGACAAUGUGAGAAUUUACGGGAUACCGGAGGGUGAGGAGGGGUCUCCGACUCCAGAUGUGACACUGUUUGUUGAACGCUUGCUACGGGAGAAUCUGGGAUUUCCUGCUGACAAAGAGCUGCUAAUGGAGAGAGCGCACCGUGCAUUAGCGCCACGGCCUCCUGCGGGGAGUCAGCCUCGGUCGAUAAUCGUCAAAUUUCGAAGUUACAGGGCCAAAGACGAAGUGUUAAGGGCAGCUUGGCAAAGAAAAGGUUUCACGUGGAAGGGAAGCAAAAUCAACCUCGAUCAUGAUUAUGCGCCAGAUGUGCUGGCGAAACGAAAGGAAUACGCAGAGAUAAGGAGGAUCCUCAAGGCUAAUAACAUACGAUUUCAAACGCUGUUUCCAGCCCGGCUGAAAGUUUUCCUGAAGGAUGAGACAAAAAUAUAUGAUUCUGUGGAGGACGCCUCGUCGGCUCUUGCAGACUUGGGGCUGCCAGUAACGAGAGUAACACCACCGGAGUCUCUCCUGGCUAAACUUCAACGGUACACCUGGACGCCAGCCCCACGUCGCAAAACGGGAUAUAAAGAAAAGCUGCAAGAGUUCAGACGGGAUACGACAGGGAACAGGAGCACAUGA